GGAUUUCAAAGUUGUGUAUGAACGACUGGGACUCAAUCUGCAUAUUGAACCCUCACUUCUGAAAGCAAGACACGCCAACAACUAUCUAUAAUGGCACAACCACCUCCAGGACCUGGAGGACUCUACAGAGCUCCUCCUAUAUACAGAUUCGCUGGUACAGCAUUGGGAGCAAGCAUGUGGUUCUUCUUGAUGUACCGCGCGAAGAAAGAUGGUCCCGCAUUGUUGGGCUGGAAGCAUCCUUGGGAUCAUUGAACGUUAGGAUGAGAAAGUGAUGCAGGGGCAGCCAGGAUGUAUCCAUAUGCUGCCAGGACAUAGACAAUUAAGAGAUACCGUCCAAAGCAGACUCUGGAAUCACAAUACGGAUAGUGGGCCGAGAACUGUACAUAUGGAAGGAAAUAUAUCAUUGGGCA